UUUUUGACAUCCUUUGGAGUCUUGAUCUCCAUAUUUGGAAAUGUUUACCCAUCGCACUGGUCUAUUGGAAGGGGAGGGGAGGUGACUCAGGGUUUGGUGGAAGCAGGGUUUGAAUUCCUGGAGUAAGUUUUUUUUUUUCCUUUCUCUUUUCCCCUUGUUUUGGAAGCCAGUUGUCGUCAGUUUUCAGCUCUCUAGCUCCUGGAUCUCCUUCCUAAUGCCAUCUGCUUUAGGGGGGAGCGUCUUAGUGAAGGAGAUCAUCUGAAUUCCAAAAUUCAGAGGAGUGUGAAUGUACGACCUGUUGGAUGUGAGCUCCUUCUUCUAAAGCAGACUUGCAAUAUCCUAAUCUCUUGCUUGCCUGGGAGACCCUUCAGCGUUCCUGUAAGUACGUCUCGCCCUGGGCUUGGAGGGCACCUCCUCAUUUGAGAUCUGAACCAUGUCCCACCCAUCAUGGCUGCCGCCAAAGAACACCAAUGAACCCGUUGGUCACGUCACUGCGAGAAUGGAGACCACGCAUGCUUUUGGGACCCCCAGCAUCUCUGUGUCCACGCAGCAGAUGCCAAAGAAGUUUGCACCUGUUGUUGCUCCAAAGCCAAAGUACAAUCCAUACAAACAGCCGGGGAGUGAUGAUUUCCCUCUGCCUCCGCCGCCACCACCACUUCCUGGAGAUGAUCUCGGGAACCUCCCGGCGCCUCCUGGUGGCUUUCCCCCACCACCCUCUACAGAUGAGGCUGGUUUCAGUGUGCAGGUAAAUCCCGGUGAGAAGACGCUUGAAGAAAGACGAUCCAGUUUAGAUGCGGAAAUAGACUCCUUGACCAGCAUCCUGGCUGACUUGGAAAGCAGCUCCCCAUACAAGCCACGGACUCAACAGAGCUCUGGGUUCCCCACCGGCUCUCCAGUUACUUCUCCCCCGGGAUCUACCCCUGUUACUGGGCACAAGCGGAUGAUCAUUCCCAACCAGCCGCCUCUCACUGCCACCAAGAAGUCUACUGCCAAGGCACCAGUGCAACCUGCUGCUCCGCCCGCCCCAAUCCCAGUUACUCCUGUUGGUACACUAAAACCGCAGCCACAACCAGUUCCAGCUUCUUAUAUCACUGCGUCCACUCCCACCCGACCGGCGUUCAACGUACAGGUGAGAACGGCCCAGCCCAGCCCUCAUUUCCAGCCACCUGGCCCACAGCCAGUUCAGUACGGCAGCCUGGGUCCAAACCAGUCCUACGCUCCUCAGCCAGCACGCCCCCCAGGGCCAGCACAGUAUGUUCCAUCUCAGCCUCGUGGCCCUGACUAUGGGUAUGCUCCCCAGCCUGCACAUCCUUCAGAGCCUGGUUAUGGCUAUGCACCUUCACAGGGGCGGUAUCAAGAUCUUUACUACCCUGCAGGCCCUGGAUAUGGAGGAAGAAAUGGCUCGGAACCAUCCUAUGUGCCACAAAACACCUGGAAGCCUGAGCCAGCCUAUCCCACAGCUAACACCAUGGCUCAAAAUCCAACUGGGCCGUACCAACCGCCCAGCACAAAGAAGACCUACAUUACGGAUCCGGUCUUAACACCUCCUCCACCACCCAUGCAGCCAAAGAGUGGGUACCCUGCCUCUGGCUCGGCAUCAGACGCUCCUUUGUUCAGACCCGAGGAUGAGCUGGAACAUCUGACCAAGAAGAUGCUGUACGACAUGGAGAAUCCACCCUCUGAUGACUACUUCGGCCGCUGUUCCCGUUGCGGUGAGAAUGUUGUCGGGGAAGGCACUGGAUGCACCGCCAUGGACCAAGUGUUCCACGUGGAAUGUUUUACCUGCAUGACAUGUGGCAACAAGCUCAGAGGCCAGCCUUUCUACGCGGUGGAGAAGAAAGCGUAUUGUGAACCCUGCUACAUUAACACACUGGAGCAGUGCAGCGUCUGUGCCAAACCCAUCAUGGAGAGGAUCCUGCGAGCCACGGGGAAAGCCUACCACCCCCACUGCUUCACCUGUGUGAUGUGCCACCGCAGCCUGGAUGGCAUCCCCUUCACUGUGGAUGCCGGUGGGAACAUUCACUGCAUCGAGGAUUUCCACAAGAAAUUUGCACCGCGAUGUUCCGUGUGUAAGGAGCCCAUUAUGCCUGCCCCGGGUCAAGAGGAGACCAUACGCAUUGUGGCAUUAGAUCGUGACUUCCAUGUCCAAUGCUACCGGUGUGAGGACUGUGGUGGUCUCCUGUCUGAAGGGGACAAUCAGGGCUGUUACCCUCUGGAUGGACACAUCCUUUGCAAGACCUGCAACUCAGCUCGGAUCCAGGCACUCACUGCUAAGGCCAGCACUGACCUUUGAGCGUCUACCACCACACUCCAAUAUUUGCCUGUUGGGGGAAUUGCACAACCUUUCCAUUUAGCAUGACUCCUUUCCUGCCUAGGACCUAAGUUUUUUAUUGAAAAAGUAAAGCUGGAAGGCCUGGGGACAAGCGGAUAGUUUCUAAGUUUUUCUCUAUUUGAGUCACCUCUCCUAAGAAGCACAUUAAAAUUGAGAUGAUUGGGCUCGAUUCUCCUCUUACUCUGGUGUGAGGGCCUGAUCCUACUCCCAUUGACGUCAAUGGGAAGCUAAAUAUCGGACAUGAUUCCAUAAUACUAGACUUACACCAUUGUAAAACCAGCAUGUAAGUGUAAGACCAGAAUCAGAGUAAUUGUUAUCACAAGACAAACUAUACAGACAUUGACCAUGAGACACUGGGCCUUGAUAUAGGUAUCGUUUUAAAUCAUAGGGACACAGAUUUGUCUUAAAUCAUAGGGGCCAUAUCUUUUUCUUAUCCCCUCGCUUGUCUCCAAUCCCUUCCAGUUUCAUAACUUUUUCUUCUUUAUAAUAUUAUAUUUCGCUGUUGCAUAAAUUUAUUCAGUAAGGAUGCUUCCAACUCUCAGAUGCUUAGGCAUUUAUGUAUGAGCCAUCACUGAAGUUGUGAGCCUGCACACACGCACGUACAUACAUAUAUCCUUUUGAUACACUAGAAAUAUAAAGUCACUGAGAAGUUAUGUUAAUUAUUGUUGGGGCUGGAAAGGGUUAAAAAGAAAUUCAAAAUGGCUUCAAAGAAAAUGACUAAUGCUAGCCACCACAAGCAUGCUCAAAAGGAUCUUAGGCUACCCGGGGCCAAUGCAGUUGGACAGUUACGUAGCAACCAGUGGGCACUGCUUGUUUCCAAACAAGUACUUUAGCAAUGGAAUCUUGUUUCCACUGACAUCAAAGGAAAGACUCCCAUUGGAUUGAAUUCUACCUUGAGACAGGCUCAGGCAUUCUGGGAUGAUGGUAACAUACCAGAGCUGGAGUUACAGUGCAAGCUAUGAGAAUUGUUUAAUAUUUCAGCAUUUAGGGCUUUCCAAAUACCUGACAUUUCAGGAACAGGAAUGAUUCAUUUUUCAUCUCAAGUUGUAAAUAGCUGUAAUUUACCCCCCCCCAAAAGGGGGGGGGGGGGAACAGACAGCUUUUCUCCUACAGUUUCAUCACACAAUUUUUUCUGUGUGGAGAAAUGUCAUUGCAAAGGAAUGAUUGGGGGAUGUCACAGUUCCAGGAAAAAAGGGAUGUAUUGAUGCACUCUUCAGAGAGUUAAAAAUUUGCACCAGGGUUAAUAAAAACCUAUGCAGUUGCAAAAUGGGUUUGUUGUUGGGGGGGGGGGCGGUUGUGGUUUUUUUGUUAAUUAAAAAUACAUUAUAAAUCCACAACUCAUUUUGUACAGCUAUAAUAUUCUUAUUCAUGAAACCCAUAAUAACUAAGGUGCAAAUUACAUGGGAAAGGAGCAAUUUUCAUAUCACUGCAUUGACAUUAAUAUCUUAUUUGCAGAUGUAAUCAAAGAAAAUAACUUUAGCUGCACUUAACAAAUUAAGAGCCAGAACUGAAGCAUUUCAGGGCUUAUUGACCCUAUUAAUAACAAACUUACAAUUUUGAAGAAUAACCUUUGUGAAUUUUGGUGUCUCUCACAAUAAUAAAGAGUAAAAUGCGGCACUUUCCCCUUCAGUCUCUAACAAGAGCUCAAUAAAAUUACAUCACCCAAAACUGAAAAGAAAAAUGAAUUAAAUGAAAUGAGAUGGGUUAGAUCCGAGCGAAGAAUUAAAGAAGAUGGAAAAUUGACUCUUACUGUAAAUCCUGAAAAUGGUAUGUCCCUUCCCAACUCAGCAUUUCGGUUGACCUUUAUGGCAAAGUCCUACUGAAUGUAACAGUGAAUAAUAACAUUUCUCUAGUUGUUUUUUAAGCCAUCCUAUAGAGAAUUUAAUAGAGAAUUUAGGAUCUGUCCCCUGACACUCUCACCAACUUUUUACUGGGCUAACUCCAUUGACUUCAGUGAAAUUAACCUGGAUUUGCACCACAUCAAAAUGAGGUCAUUUUUCUAGAAAUCAGUAGGAUGACUGAUCAGUCCCAUAGAAAAUAUAUUGUUCUCCAUUAAAUCCUGCAGGACUUUGUUAUUAGGGCAGUGACUAUUUAGCAGCAUCUCCCCAUCGUAUUGGAGUUUGGCCCCAGCCUUCAAUAAUUUCAGCAUUUUCCCCCAGUAGAUUAGUUAGAUAUGUUCUAAUUUAUUUCAUACAAAAAGUUAAAUGCUGGGUAAUUUUUUUUAAAUAAGGACAUGACUCCUAGUAGGUUCCAUUUGUUCUACUGGUCAUUAGCCCUGGCAACUAAGGUAAUUUUGAGCUUGCUAGCAUUACAUACAGAAGACUGUUAAACACUUGUCUGAACUGAAUCUGCCAAAGCAUGGAAGUUCAGAGUGCAGUUGGCUAAUAUCACUUUAUCACACAUCGUGCCUUAGAACUGAAUUUCUUAGCAUCUUCUCUCCAAAGCACACUGGGAAUGUGAUGUGUACAACAGACCAUGGCACUGUUGUAGCAACCGUAGCUCUGAACUUCUGUGUCUUUGUAGGUUUAAGUCAGUCUCUCUAUCGCACUGAGUGCCAUAUUAGAAAGUGGUGAGAAUUAGCUACUGUAAUUAGGAAAAGGGAAUGUGGUCUAGCGAUUUGAGGAGGGAGACCAGAAGUCUGGAUUCCUAGGUUCUUUCAGUGCCCUGGCCACAGACUCACUGUGCAAUUUUGAGCAAGUCACUUAACCUCUCUGUUUACCCCACUUCACAACAGAGCUUGGUAAUUUUUACUAACUUCCCAGGGAAGUGAAGUGACUAAAUUAAGUAAUUUUAGCUUGGCCAACGCUGCAUAAGUUCAAAUCCAGAUCCUCCUUUUCAGAAGAAGUUUGGCUGGGUUUGUGGUUUUGGAGCAGCCCAUUCCAGGACCAAAAGCUAGACAAAAGGUCUAGAUCUGAACUUCCAUUUUUAGGGUGUUCUAUGGAUUUGGUUGUGGGGGGGCUCUUAGAUCAAUGUUUCUCAAGCAUUUUGACCUCCUUGGAUGGAAGGAGAAGGGAGAAUGUUGUUCUCAUUGUAUGCACAGUAGCUAAUUUUCAGGCUUGAAAUAUCGGAAUAAUACUAUUGUUUUAAUUUGUUUCUUUCCCCCUAAAAUAAUCAAAGCCAGUUGCCCAUUGGAGUGAGUGAAUAAGUGCCUGGAGUAUUUUCUAAAAAAUGUGUUCGUAUGUGGUGCCUAAACUGAUAUAAGUAUAUUUUGGAAGAUACACACUCACACUCACACGCAGUCUCUGUCAUGACCCAUCUGCCUGUCAAAUUUUCAGCCCCGAUACUCGAGGGUUUAAAGUGGAAGUGCUGAUGGAUCUUUAAUCAUGGCAUUGCCCUAAAGCACCAACAAAAUAUUGCUUAGCCACAAUCUUUAUCAUGUAUUUAUUACAUAUCCUCAUUUAUCUAUUCCAAAGAAGAACCCUUUUUUUACCAAAGAGACCUUGUUCUUUUAAGGUACACUUCUGAAGUCACGAUAAAUACUCGCGUUGUUUGCUGACGCAUUGACAUUCAGCAAUUUUCCUUUGACAAGGAAUAUGAAGAUCACCUAGACCUUUCUAUUUCAAUCUGCCAAUUUUUUGCUGGUAGUUCUUUGGCUUUUCUAGCAUUUGUGUGAAAUUAGGGCUUGAUCCUGUGUUUCAGGUCACCUCGUUGGGAGUUUGGGGUUCAGGAACAAGCCCUUGUUUAAGCCUUGGUUCUGGAAAGUAUUUAAACAUGUACUUAAUAUUCAGCACAUGCUUAAAUCCAUUCCUCAAUGGGACAUAAACAGAUGCUUGAAUUUACUACAUCAGAUUUGGUUGCCUUGGUUACAGCCAAAUCCCUAGUGACAUCAUCAAAGUUAAUGAUCGUAUUUUGUUAAUGUAAUUUGCUUUAUUGACAUUUAUUGUUUUAUUUUAAUUGUUGCCUGAAUGUUGCCUUUUAAAGCAGAAGACAACAUCACAGCUUUAGAUAAUGCACCUUUCAUUAUGAUUUUUUAAAAAUAAUUGGUAGAUUUUUAUCACAGCUCAAAACACUUGGGGAAUGACUUAGUCCUAGAGACAUGGGGGAAGUGAAACGUGUGCCCAGGUGAGCUCUACACACGUACAUCAGACCCUUUGGGCAGAAGCAGGAAUUAAGUGUGACAUAGGCCUUGGGUUAGCUCAUUAUCCGGGGGUGAAUUACACAACCUACAAGCAUAAAAGAGUUCUCGAUAUAGAUAUUGUGUGUGGAGACCGGUGCACACAAUCACCAAUUAAAUCCAGUCUAGUAACACAUAUUUUGUGCCCUAAGCCUCCAACCCAGAAAAUCCCAUCAUCAAGAUCCAUGGGGGAGGGAGGGAAAGAGAGGGAAAUCUUGUCACUUUGCUUUACUCCUGUUUAGAACAUAAAAUUCUGUGAUUUCCCCUUUUUUUGUCUAGAAACUGAACAGCUCAAAGGGGGUUUUUUUUGGUUUUCUACUUGCCUUUUAUUAAUGUCUGGUUCCUGUGUUUGAUUCCGUGGGCUGAUUUGAUAUUAGUUCUUCAAGUAGUGCUGAUCACGCUUUAUAUAGAUAUCAACACUAUAAAUCAGGGUUGACGCAUAAGGAUGUGUGCUGUGGAUUUGGGUGGUGAAAUUCUACAUGGGAAACACUAGUUGCAUGUUGAUAUUUGUUUGAGGAUCUACUGCAAAGAGAGAGAGAGGGCUACCUAAGGCCACAUAGAAGUUAGUAAAGCGUGAAUUGAUAUAAGGACUCUGAGAGCAUUACUUCUGUUAAAGCUGGUCAAAAUGUUUUACACUAAAUUUCUAUUUUGUUGAAAAAUUGACCUUUUUUCUUCAAUACUUUUUGGGGGAAAUUGUCUAUUUUCUGUUCUCACAAUAUCUUUCACAACAGUUGUUAUUAAUAGUUUAAUCAACAUGUUGUUGACAUUUUUAUCCUCAUAGUUUUUGAAAUGGUUCUCAGUUUUUCAUUUACCAAAAAUGAAGUUUUCUUACUCAAAACCAUUUUUAAUAAACAAAAGUUUUCGGUAACGAUUUCAAAAACUGUAUGGUAAAAGAAUCCUGUAAAAAUGUCACAAAAAUGUUUGUGGAAAAUGGAUCUGUUCUGGAUGUUAUGAAACAAGCACAUUUUGAAAUUUUUCACAAUCUCUCGUUUUCUGAUUCGCUCUACUUCCUGUGCAGACACCAUUUUCCUAGUUACUAAAAAUCCAAAUAAUGUGACUUUUCUGGGAAUAACAGUGUUACUUCUGUUGGACUCAGUUUUUGUCUUCUCCCUUCAAACCAAGCCCAGGCUGGUUAGGAAGAUGAUGACCGUGUCAGUUGUCCUUUGUUUCAAGUACUGAAGGUGGUGGGUAGAUUAUGCUCACCAAGAUAAACUCUGGUUGAACCUCACACCCUAGCACCAUUCCUUUGGGCUUGGGAAAGGCUGUUUUCCAUAUACAUUUCCAGAAAGAUUGCUGUUCCUCCUUGGCAUUUCAAGUUUUCAGUUGAAACAGUUGGUUGGCUGUCUUGAUGCUAGAGCCCUUGCGCACUGUAAAUGAAAUGUGACUGACAAUACUGCACCUCUCCUGAAGCCAUCUGUGAGUCAACCCAACUCCAUUGGGGAGUCCACAGUAAUCUAGGGUUCGUGGUGAAUGCCGAAGUUCUCAGCUUUGUUUUUAGAGACACUAACUAUUGAAAACGCAGUAGAAUAGUUUGGAACUACAUAUAUAAAAAUAAUAUACACAUUUUAGAUUGUCCUGAGACUAUGACUAAUUAAAGGUACAGGCAAGAGUAGGUAACCAGUGCAGUUUUCAUUAUACUUGUCCUGUCUUCAUUUCUGUGCUGCUGCGUUCUCAAUCUUUUUGGCAUUAAACCAUGUAUAACCGACCGCCCCAUUGAUUUUUUUUCAGCUAUGCUAACAGGGCUAAUCUGAAAUGUUCUUUUUGUUGUUUGUGUGUCUUCCUGAUUAUUCCUAAAUCUAAAAAAAAAAAAAAAAAAAAAGCCCAAACUCAAAAUGGUGAUAUCCUCUUUACAUUUUCCAGUCUUUAGAGUCCAGUCCUGGGAAUCAGAACUCCUGGGUUCUGUUUGCAUCUCUACCUCUUUCUCCCUUUGUCACCUGAGACAAGUCACAUAGCCUGUUUCUCUCUCUGCCCCAGUUUAUACAUCUCUGUAAUGGGGACUAUAUAUUACCUACCUCACAGGGGUGUUGUGAGAGUUACUUAAAAAAUGUAAAACUUUUUGAGCUCUUUAAUCAAAGUAGCUAUCUGCAUCCAUAGCAUUAGUGGCAGGAGUGCCAUGCAUAUGCCUGCCACAUGAGAAUAAAAGGAAAUGAUUAUAAUUGUUGCUUUUAAAAUGAUUGUCAAAUUGUGCCUUAAAUUUUCAGUCAGAUCUAACCAUGUAAUUUAGAGCAAUAAUUCCAGGCCUUAUGUUGGUGAAUCCAAUCAGUGAUUUGUUUGAAAGGCUAGAUUUUUUAAUACUUUUUCCAGAAAAUGAGGUUAUUGAGGGGUUCUCUUCUUUUAUUUUUUCUCCUCCAAUUUUAUUUUGGCAUGAAAGGGGCAGCCAAAAUGCACAUUUGUCUUGUAUGUAGCACUUUCAUCUGUUUUGUGUUCUUUUAGGGAGAUGCCACUCUGUCAUUUUAUGCAUAAUGACAUCUCUUUAAAUACAUGCCAACCAAUGAGAUUGUUUUCCUAAAGUUAGCAGGCAUUUUUUUUAAUCAACCAAAUUUUGGGUUGUUCGGAAAGUGUUGCUGCUCUUUGCUACACGUUCAGUCUAACUGUCACUGCAGGAAUGAAGUUACAGGUUUCCCAUAUCUUUGCUGUUGUAGCUUGACACAAGCGUUAAGGCAGAUUAUAAAGGGAAAUACUCAGUGUAGCCUAGUUCCAUUGCGCAGCAAGAAUCUUUUGCCAGCUGAAAUCCUGUUGGUUUGGGUUUUUAAAUGUCAAAUUACAGACUUAGGGUUUCCUCAGGAGGAACAAAAAUGGCACUUGAUGUGCAGUAAUUUGGUGGUUCCAGGCUGCAGUAUUUUCCCUGCGAAUCUGGGUGUCAUUGUGUGUUAGGAUCCUGCCUGCAGCCGACAGUACAUUUGACCUAUUAUCCAGUCCAUCUCAUUGCUCCUAAAAGACUGCAGCACUGCAAAGCUGAUGCAGCAGUUUUGGCUGCCUUCCCCUGCUCCCACUUGGGCCGUAUUUACACAGUUUAACUGAGCUCUUCUUUCUGCUGAAGGUCAGAUGCGAGCAAUAGGAAACACUAAACUUUAUAAAGAAGCAGAGCCGUUUAACCACCGUGCUCUGGACACGAACGCAUCUCUAGGUGGUGCACCGUCUGCUUGGCUGCGAGAGGGCAUCCUGAGAGUGCGUGUAACUGGUAUAGUGUGCAGAGCCACAAGAUAUGCUGUUUUCCCACAGCAAUGCACUUACACUAGCUUUCCUCUCCCUUGCAAAACGUGAAACUUUCCCAACUAGGCUGUAUAUUUAGCCUGUAUAUUGCACAAAAGGCUGGCAGUUAUUUUCCCGAGGAUUCUUUCUGUAACCUCUGUGUGGCUAUGUUGAAGAGCUUGGUUUUUCUUGACGAGAUUAGAUGUUGCAUAUUGAUGUGAGCAUUUCAAAGGCCCAUGGGGCUUUGGAACAUAUUAAGAACCUCUGAAGUUAAUAUUCACCAUGUUUUAAAUAUUCAAAAGUAAAAAAAUCUGCAUAAAAUAUCUCUCGGUACACAUGGACUAUAUUGUUUCUUUUUUAAGCAAGCAUUGGGGGCUUGUGGCUCGGCUGGGCUUGUUCUAAAGCUUUUUUCGUUCCCAUUUAACAGAACCAUUUGGAAAUAAAGGGCCCUGGCUCUUAUCCCAUGCCAGUUCUAACCAUAGUGCCUGUGAUGGAGUGGCUCCUGAUUUCCUCUGCGAUUGAGUCCAGCGGGUGGGAUUUUCACAAGAUCCUAGGGGAGUUAGGAGCACCGAAUUCCCACUGAAUUCCAACCCCUUUAUUGUCCCCAUCAUGACAGUGUGGCAUGUAGGGCCUGAAUCGGACCUCGCUUGCAUCAUAGUGCAUGUCCAAAGAGCCUGCCCUGCUCAUCAGGGUAUCCAGUGAAUCAGGAGUAACUCCAGUGUGGAGGCACUGCUGUGAAACUGGCAUGAGAGGAAACUCAGGCCUGUGGCUUUUAUGUGUUAAUGUUGCCGUCAGCAGGGACAGGGCAAGCACAUUCUGUUCCAGGAUGUUGGAACAAAGCUCCCUUCAGUUCACCCUUAAAUAUGCCAGAGGAGAUUUUGCUUCACUCAAACGUCCCUCUUCUGCUGGAUUGCAAGGGGCAAGAUGAAAGCUGUCAGCAGAAAUGUUUCCAGGGAAGCCCUGUUUCCCGUCUCUAUAGGAAAACUGCCGGCCACUUUAGGUGAGGGUCAGGUAGAGUCUGCAAACACUUAGCCAUUCCACUGUGCUGUUAGUUAUUCCAGUCUGCCUUCCCCUCGAGUGCACACCGGGCAUGUCCCAGGAGCACAGCAGGUCUUUGGACACAUGCUACAUGCAGCACCAGGGUUCUCAUGUUGGCCCUUGUUUGAGUAGAUUGGAACUAACAGGGUUCUGCAUAAAUUUGCUAUCAUGCUGAAGGAAUUACUCUAAAAGUUUAUGGGGCAGAUUCCCUCAUUGGUGUAAAUAUGGUAGUUUGCAUAUAUGCAAUAUGCAAUCACAUGUAAAUAUGGUAGUUUACACCAGUGGGGGAUCUGACCCAGAGGACGUUAUUCUCUAUGAAACUCUAUCAACUGAUUUGUUUGAACCAUUCUAUAGAAAUUGAUAGCAGGGAUAAAAUCCUUUAAUCACUUCCCUAGGUGGCUUCCAAAAAAACCAAUAGAAACAUUGUAAUUUUUUUAGUUAAAUUCUUCAGGACCUCUCCAUAAGGGCUGUGGCUUAUGAAAACAUGAGACUUCACCCAGAUUGCGCUUUAUUGAUAUCUAAGCUUGUGUUAGAUGAAGUUGAUAGUUAAUCGAGUAGUGGCAAUAGAAUCAUAGAAAUAAGAAGAGGGUUUGAUGAUUUUCCCAUGCCUAGUGCCGAUGUAGAUUUUUCUAGCCUGAGAUGAGAGUCUGACCCAGAGCAUAAUGGUUCAAAAAAUUCACUCUGUUUUUAUUCUUUUGAAAUAAUUUUUCUUUAUCAGCAAUUUAAUCUUCCAGGACCUGAUCCUGCAGCCUUUACUCACAUGAGUAGUUCCACUGACUUUGGUGGUGAUAUUUGUGUAAGAGUGACAGGAUCGGGCCCCACUACAGAAUCUGGGAAAGUGAUUGCAGAAAUAUUCUAUUUCACUUGCAUUAAUCACACCAGGACAUUUCCACCAAGAGCUCUCUAUUUAAUAAGUAGCAGGGCCUGUAAUUGCAGUCUGAAUUCUGAUCUUAUCAACAGAUGUUAUGACUUUCUAGGCAUUGCCACUCUAUUCAGAUUCAUAUGUUUGCCUCUGUUUAAACUUGGAUUGAUCAGAAAGAAGGAACAGCAAGAGUUGUGUUGCCCGUGGAGAUGCAGUGACUAUAGAUAAAGGAGUUAUCUUCCUCCUAUGUCUGCAGGAUUUGAAGCUUGGAACGGAGUACACACGUAACAGAGAAAAGCUUUACCUACCAUGCAUAGGGGCUGUCGACAGUAUGCCCACUAUAUGUUUCAAACUCUUGGAAUGUUUGUAGGAAUGGAAAUUUGAAUCUUUUUCAGGUCUCAGCUAGUGUACUUUCCAGUGAGGGAGUUUACAUACCAUCAUUUCUCUGAUGGCAGCAGCAUCUGUCGGAUCUGAACCUUCAUUUUGUUUUUCAAUUAAAUGUCUAGCCCAUAUGGUUGCAAAGAUAUCCUUCCAAAUAUGGUCUCAAGAGGAGGCUGUCUUCCUGAGUCAUGCAGGCAAGUUGAAAUCGAAGUCCUGAUUCCGUUCAGGAAAAUCAGGAGUAACUUUGGUGGAGUUGUAGCAGUGUAAAAGUGGUGUGAGAUCAGGAUCGGUAUCUCUGAGAGUUUUGAACUCCCACGCCCCCAUUCGUCUCAAUAGGAUGUUAACCCAGAAACCUAAUGAUGACCAAGUGGAUGCUAACAUAGUUGCAAAAUUCGCUGCUGAUCAUUUUGGCAAAAAACGCCCAGCUCUUCAGGAACUGGACUAGAGUUUGGGAAUGGGGGUGGAACUAAAGAAGAAUGAACCCUGUUUUUUUCUGUUAUGUCAUAGCCUAGCUGUGUUUGCUCAGUAAGGAUAAAAAGUACUGUACAAGCAUAAAAAUCUAUGCAAAAAAAAAAAAAGCAACCAAACCAGGAUAUUUUAAUGCAUAUAGAACGAAAGAUAUGCAAACCCUCCCUUUUCUCCUGCAAGCACUAUUCUUUCUUUAAUUUUUUUUGUCUGACUUUGCACAAAGAAUUUUUGUAACACUACUUCUAAGAAAGUCGAUACCUAAAAGGGGGAGGGGGAGGGGUCUUACUUUCAAACACUUGGGUUUUUCUGGCUUGGAAAUUAAUAAUUUCUACACCUGACCCAAUUUCUGCAGCUGCCAAAAAAGAAAAGAGAAAGCUAUUUAAAUUUCUCAUGGAGCCAUUUAUCUCUUAAAAUAUGCCAAAGCAAUUUGAGGUGGGGGUGGAGACUUAACUAUUUAUCUCUGCAGCCUACAUUCUUUUUCUCUUUAUGUUUCUAACUGUCAGGGGACAAGAAGGCUAGGAAGCUAUUCUUGGGCUGUAUUAUUAGUGCAUUGUGUUGCCAUUAUGCAGGAUGCCUGCGUUGCUUCACACAGUGGGAUGUUAUAAUGGCCGUCUUCCCCACACUCUCUCUUUGGGGAGACACGGAUUAAAUCUGACCAGCUACUAUUGUCAAGAUUUUUUUUAAAAGUAUUUUGAGAACAGGGCAUAGCGAGGAUUGAGUUCAUACUUGCCGGUUUCUUUGGACGAGUUUGCAGAUGUGUCAGAGAUCAUACAAGUAGUAUUGUGGGCUAGAUUCCAGUGCAGUGGCUUUCAAUCUUUUGUCAUUUGCGGACCCCCCCCCCAAAAAAAUUAUGAAUGGAGGUGCGGACCCCUUUGGAAAUCUUAGACAAAGUCUGCGGACCCCCAUGGGGUCCAUGGAUCACAGGUUGAAACCGCUGCUCUAGUGGAUGGGGCAAUAUAUAUUGUGUGACUGCCGGAAAAUCACUGCAACUCUGUGUGCCUGGGUUUAUGUUCCCAUAUCUUCUCUGUUUAGAUUGUAAAUUCUUCAGUGCAGAGACUGCUGUUCACUGUGUCUGUACAGUGCCUAGUACAGCAGGGGCUACUAUAAUCCAAAUAACAUAAUCAUCCACUUUGUAUUAUCUAACGAAUUAAAUUGAGCAAUGCCAGUUUCCUGGUAAUUUCCCCAAAGUAAGGAUCAGCUUGUUUUAGGACCCCUCCGCCCCAGUUUGAUUCUAUGUUUUAAAAGGUCAGAGGGGUAAACAAAGUGCAUAGGAACGGUUCCAUGAUUAAAAAAUGCCAAGACUUAAACUUUCCCCUGAAGUGUUGGACGCCCCAACUCAACGAUGUGCUGUCCACAUGUGAAACUGGCCAAGAAGAGCGAAGUGCAAAACAAAACAAAAAAAUACACAUGGCAGAAACUAAAUGUUAUAAUUGGCCUGAUUUUCACAGGUGCUGCUGCAGAUCCCCCUAAUUUCAACCCAGAGGAGCUUCAUGUGUACAGCACUUCUGAAAAGCAGGCCCCCAUGUACUUUUAAAUUCCUUCAUUAUUGUGAAUUGUAUUUAGAUCAUGCAGAGGGGCCAGCUGAGAACGGGGCCCCCAGUGUGCUGGGCAUCGUAUAAACACAGAGUCAUAGACAGUCCCUGCCAUGAGAAGCAAUAAGUUACAGUGUCAUAGAUUUCAAGGUAUAGAAGGUACCAUCAGAUCAGUCUAGUUUCCUAGUCACAGAUAGGGAAUUUUCCAAAUACGAAUUAUAGGUGGGUGGUGCAUUUUUGUUUGGGAAACAGGUCACAUUUCAAAGAGAAAGAAGGAAGGAUGUUGUCUGUAGCUUUUUGAAUUUUUCAUUAUUAUUAUUAUUAUUGUUUUAGUGGUUGUUGAUCAAACCAAGAAUGAGAAAAAUAUCAACUGAAACAUUCCAUAAACUAGAGACAAAGUCAAAUAACUCCUAUUCGAAUAUUGUUUCACUUCAGCUGGAGUUUGUCCUUCUUUUUACAUAUGUGCAGCAUAGACGUAGAAGAUGGAGAAGACGAUUAGCUAAAUUAGUCCAUCUCACACUCCGUGCACAAUCCAUUCCCUAUAGUAUAUUUUCUAGCGCUUUUUCUGGUCAAUUUUUUUAUUUUAUUUCUAUUUUUAUGUAAGAUCUUAGUAGCACAAUGGUUUUUGCUAGAAACAGGGUUUCUCUCUACUGCUAGCUAUGGGAAUACGUGCAAUGAUUAGGAUUUGAGAGCAGACCGCCUUGCUGGUGCUAAUAUUCCUGAGGAUGGCAAGAUGGUAUAAACUGUGAUUGGUUUACUCUGAAACACGCAGUUGGAGGGUUUGGUUCAUUGUUUAAUAUACUGAGUUUAUCCCCAUGUAAAAUGGUGGCACUGUGGGGGGUUUUUGACAGAUCUGGAUUGUGCCUUCUCGACACAUCUGGAUUGGCAGGAAACCCCUUCUGGUUUAGCAUAGAGAGACGCGUCCUGUGAAACAGACAGAUCACAGAGCUAUGUCUGUCCAAUCAGUGAUAUUUCUAAUUUGCCUAUUGCCAUAGUAGCUAAGCAUCUAAAGAGCACAAGCAACAUGUUGCUUACUACUAUAUAUGGUGGGUUUUAGGAACAUUCCCCGUAUAUUUUACUCUCUGUACAAAGUGCCUAUUCUAAGAGCCACAACUCAUUCGACCUUAUCCACGGGCAAAACAGGGAACUAAUCAAAGUGCAGAGCAAUGAUAAGAACGAUCAAAAUGAUACCAAAUGGAAGCAAGACGGGAGUGUCAAAGAUCAGCUCUUCAUUAAAGUGAACCAAAGCAGCGGCUCGUCCCUUGUAUGUCACCUUGUAGAUCUGCCUUCUGGAUAGUAAUACGUUUCAAAGCUCCAGCAUUGUUGACUCUCUGGUAGUGGUUAAUUUAAGGGGUUCUACUUUGCCUACACGCCAAAGUUAUGGGGGUUAGAGAGCCAGCAAUGUGUAGGGAAACCUGCUGGAAAGUUUGCAUGGUCAGUAAGAUCUAAGAAUAUUAAGCACUUUGGGGGGAUAUGUUUGGGGAUUUAUUUAUUUGAUUGUAAGCUGCCUGUGUUUCAUGUGUUCUUAUUCCUUGCAUAACACUGGAGGGUAAAAUCCACAGAUGCCAGAGGAGGCUCGGUGCUGUGGUGGGAGAAUCAAGAUGCCCAGUGCCAGCUAAGCCACACCAGGUGCUCAGUGUGUUCUCACACUCAGUCCUGAAAAUAUCGCCAAGUGCCGUUUGAUGGAGUGGUUCCCCCUGCUGUGUACUGGGGAGGGAGUGCAGACCAAGACGAUAACAGGGUUCAAAAAGGAACUAGAUAAGUUCAUGGAGUAUAGGUCCAUCAAUGGGUAUUAUCUGGGAUAGGCUGGGAUGGUGCCCCUAGCCAGAAGCUGGAUCACUUGAUGAUUCCCUGUUCUGUUCAUUCCCUCUGGGGCACCUGGCACUGGCCGCUGUCGGAAGACAAGAUACGGGGCUAGCUGGACCAGUGGUCUGACCCAGUCUGGCCGUUCUUAUGAGUAAUGUUUGUCCAAAGAGACAGCAAAAUGGAGGUUUGAAGUGUUCUAACACCUAAUGCUCUAGCACCCCCAUCUCUUUUGCUGUCCCUCUGGAAAUCGAGGUGUGAAGGUAAAGGCAUGUACAGAAGUGAGGCCUCACUGUGACCUCACCUGACCUGGUCCUACCCUGGUAUAACCCUCCAGACUUCCUGUGUAAGUGAGAUCAGAAUCAGUCCUGCUGUGUUUAGAUGGGCAGGGUGUAUAAGUCAGGACACAGCUCUGUGGGUAACAUUGCUGAACUCUUCAGUGCCUCACAGCUCCCCAAAUUGCCCUAGCCCUUGCAUUGUGGGUAAUCCCACUGACUUUAAUGGGGCAACUUGCCAGAGGAGGAAUUUCAGAAGCAGGCCACUUGUUUAUCCAAACAAGUCCGGGUCAGAGGUGGACUUGAAUCCUCUCUGCACUAGUUUAUCCAUCUCCAAAGCACUUCUCCUACAUCCUAACAACAAACGCCCCUGUGCCCCACAUCGUGAGACCCCCGGUGGCUCAGCUGCCGAUUGGACACAUGUUGUACUAGCUACCCAGACAUACCAUCCCUACAGUUCCAAUGUCACUAACACCCUGCACACAUACAUAGCACCUGGAGCUGGCCUCCUCUAUGUGCUUCCAGCCACUCAUACCAGAGAUAAGCCCAGGAGACACAUUUUGGAUCAAAAUCCAACUUUCGUCAGUCCCAGGGUGUUCAUAGCUGGGGUUCUGUUUCAGCCCAUUGUAGCAGAGAGGAACCAGCUUCACAUGUUGGGUCCAGAUCCAAAUUUUCCAAGGGUUUCAAGAAGUGGGUUGGGUCGAGGCUAUAGCUGGAAUAUUGAUUCAGGUCUAUCUCCGCUCAGAAUAAACAGCGGAGGCUGGCUGGCUGGCUUUAAUCGUAGGCAGGUGCCCCAGGGGGAUCCCAAUCACAGUGGGUGCCAUUCCAAAGAAAGGCCUCUUCUUGGCCAGAUGCCAUUUCUUAAGUCCCAGGACAUUUUCCCAGAGCUUGCAGACCUCAAUGGCUGUUGCACAUUGCAAGGAGGAGUGUGCACCCAAGGAUGUAUUCACCCUACAGAGCUGCCGUGCCUCAGCCCAGCCCUGCUAACGGCAGCAUUCUGCAUCGGGGCCCUUCGAUGAAGUUAGCUCUUUGGCGUGAGGUCGUUUAUAGUGAAUUUCUGUGCAAGGUCUAUUACCGUUGGGAGAAGACUGUGACUUGUGGUGGUGGUUUUACAUCCUCCGGACGUUCUGUGCGGGGCAGGUGGAGGUUGUUAGCAGCGAGGACAGCUCCUUGGCUUUAAAUGUGGAUCGCUAGCUUACUAACACCAGGCAGCAGAGAGGCGGGAGAGGAGAUAGUGCCUGAUCCAAAGAGGCGCCUCCUUGCUAGAAAUGCCAUGCCUUCAAAUCCUAAUGAAGUAAUGCAAGUUGAGCUUUCAGGAUUGGUGCCUUAUUCCUCAGUGCCACUGGGUACCAGUGAUUUACCAUUUGCUGAGCACGACCACUACUUAGCAUCUAAUCAACUAGGGGCCUAAUCUUGGUACCAUUGAGAGCAGUGGGAGUUUUGCCAUUGACUUCAGUGGAAUCAGGAUUGGAACUCUUCAAAUCUGUAAAGAGCCAAUCCUGCAGACUGCUAAGAGCACCUCCUGGGAGGUGCUGUGUGCCCUCAGCUUCCCUUGAAACUGAUCAUGCCUCAUGUCUGUUUCACUGGCUGUUUUCACAGGAAUUUGAGAGCACUCAGGACACGCACUCAGCAACUAGCAAGACUAGCCUGUAAGGUGAUAUAUGAAGUUUACUAUCUGGUAACGUGUGUGCAUGGAUUAAAAAUCGUUUUAUUCAAAUGUAUUCUGAGACCAGGUCCAGCAUAUACACAGUUUCUAUAUUUAUAAAUAUAGAGAGAGAUUUUUUUUUUGUUCUCAGCUAGUUACCUCUUCUGAACCGCAAUUUUCAGAGCAACCGGCAUAUAUUUUUCAUUCAACACCUAAAAUGACUUUUUACAGUAAGAAAAUGAAAGCUGGUGUAAGCACGUGUUUUCUAUAUUUGUAUUAUGCUUUAUCCAAUUAUAUUGAGAUUUAUUUUCCUCUUUGCUGUGCUCUUUCGGUUGUUAUCCUUAUUUUAUCAGUUAUGCUUUUCUAAUGUUUUGUAAGGAGAAAAAAAUAUGCAAAAUGGCCAGAUGCCUUUUUUCUUUGCAGAAGAAGAAUCACAAAUGCUUUGUAUUACAUUUUACCAAUCCAAUAAACUCCUUAUAAAUUUCA